CUAGUAAUCGUAGUGAUAAUAAUAGUAUAGCUACUUAAUAGUCUAACUGCGUAGUAGUGGCGGUGGUGGCGGCUCAAGUAACCGAAAAACCUCACCUUAACCUGUCAAUAGAAUAUAAUUAUUUAGGAGCCAAUAGAAUCUUUAGGAAGCGGUAACCCGCUUUGGGGUGAGAUGCAGAAGAUCGGUUGGGCUGGUCUGUAUACUCCUCCUUUGUCUGUACCUCGUCUGACGCAAGCCAUGCUUACGGUGGCUAGUAAGCUAGCUGGGUAGAGGCGGAAAUGAGGAAGUAUGAAGCGUAUAUAUUUAAAAGGUGGGCAUCUCCUCUGUUGCAACACACGUUAGUGACUCGCUAUCUGGUCAAUUCCGAAUCUGUCUUGAUAAUGCGUCUACACAACAGUCCGGUCUCCCUUCUCUCCCUGGCCUUCGUAUACCAGCGGGCCUAUGCUAGCCCUCUCGCGCCGCCAGAGUGUUCGCUCGAAAACUUGAGGAACCUGCUAUCGGCAGCUGACGGUCCGGUUGCACGCAAUGCCACCGUCCUAUCCGUCACCGCCGUCCCGGCUAACGGUGCCUAUGGCGACCGCGAUGUCUACCCGGACACCCCGCAGAUGUUCGCGACGGGCCUCCCGGAGCUGUGCGCCGUGGAAGUCAACGUAACCUCGUCCGAAUCGUCCGCGUAUACGUUCGCGCUGUUUCUGCCGACCGAGUGGGAAUCGCGAUUCCUCGCCGUCGGCGGGGGCGGCACCGCCGGGUACAUCAACUUCCUAGACAUGGCAGUCGGCUCCCACCAGGGGUUCGCGACCAUGUCGACGGACAACGGCCACCGCGGCGGCGUUUUUGAUGUCGAGUGGAUGCUAAAUGCGCCGCAGAAGCAGAUCGACUGGGGCUGGCGCGCCAUGCACGGCUCGGUCGGGCUCGCGAAGCAACUCGUCCAGGGCUACUACGGCGGCGCCGGGAUCCGGUACUCGUACUACACCGGCUGCUCCAACGGCGGGCGCCAGGGCCUCAAGGAGGCGCAGGUCGACGCCGAGAGCUUCGACGGCUUGCUCAUCGGCGCGCCGGCUUGGUGGAUCAGCCAUAUGGUCAGCUGGGACACUAAGAUUAGCAAGGACUUCUACCCGGCAAGCGACCCUAAGAGCAUUCCUCCAGCGUUGUUCUCGCUCGUCGCUGCGACGGUGAUAGAGCAGUGCGACGGGGCCGACGGGGUCGAAGACGGUAUCAUCAGCUCGCCCGAGCGCUGCCACGCGGACCUCGGAGUGCUCUCUUGCGACCUGGUAAGCGCGAACGCGACCGCCGCUUGCCUCACCCCCGUGCAGCUGCAGACGCUGCAGCGCAUCUACGCCGAUUACUACGUAGGGUCCGAGAUGGCGCACCCGGGCCUCGAGCUAUCGUCCGAGGCCGGAUGGUCCGAUCCCUUGUUCACGGGCGGCGAGCCGCUGGCUUACGGUCUGGGGAUCCUGCGGUACGGCGUGUUCGGGGACCCCAACUGGCCGCUCGACGCGUACAACGACAGCGUCUAUGCGUACGUCCGGGACUUCCCGCUUAUGCGUCAACUCGACGCCGACGCCUUCGACAUGUCGCCCGUCAGGGACCGCGGCGCCAAGAUCCUCAUGUACCACGGGCUCGCGGACCCGCUCCUCGUCACGCGCGGCUCGACACACUUCUACGAGCAGGUGGCGCGGGCGACGAGCGGCGGCGCCGCCAACGCCACUACGCCGGCGUCCAUGGAUGACUGGUUCCGGCUACUCCUCGUGCCGGGGCUCCAGCACUGCGUAGGCACGCCGCCCGGCGUCAACGCGCCGUGGAACUUCAACGGGGCGGCACAGGCGACGGUGCUCGGCCCCGGUGAGUGGUCGGUGCCCGGGUUCCACGACGCUGACCACGACGCGCUGCUGGCGCUCGUGCGGUGGGUGGAAGACGCGACACCCGUUGACCGCCUCGUUGCCACCACCUGGCGCGACGCGGAAGCCCCGGACUCGGGUGUCGCGAGGCAGCGCCCGCUAUGCCCGCACCCGCAGAAAGCAGUGUACGACGGGGUCGGCGACGUCGACGAGGCCUCGAGCUGGCGCUGCGCAUGAGAGGCAAGCGAAUUCCAUUAGGAACGGCGGCCUGGCGAAGAAGGGGGCUAGAGUACGCUUCUCUAGUCGAUCGCCGACUGAGAGGGUUUUUGGUGUCGUUGGUAAAGACGGGGAGUUGUGGUUGGUUAGGUUUAGUUCCGGUCUUGCUGGUCUUGGUAAAGUAUGGACUGUGUUGUCUCGACAGCGAGUUGCCCCCCGCUUUAUAUCUGGUAGCGAGUAAGCGGCUCGGCGAGUAGGAGACCGUCUGCUGCGGGUGUUUCCGCCGCCGGGAAGCGUGAGUACGAUACAUAUCUUAGAUCGAUUUCGCAUAGUGCGCACGCCGUUUGAGCUCUCCUAGAUUUUGCGUUGACCACCCGCUCUAGGCGCUCGUUUGCUCUUUGCCAAUCACCACCCUUUUUU